CUCUCUCCACGAAUCUCUUCGGAGGAAGGCCUGGUCGAUGGCCACGCCGUCCUGCUCCAUCGUCGUGACGGGCUUCGGCCCGUUCGCCGACGUCGAAGAGAACCCAACCGACUGGCUCGCGAGAGAGCUCGCCAGCGGCGCUGACGGCUGGCGGCUUCCGCACGGCGUCCCGCUCCGCUCGGCAGUGCUCGAGGUUUCGACCGAGGAUGUCGACGCGCAGCUGCAGCGGCUGCACAGCGGCGACGACUCCUCCGGCUGCGUCAUCUACGUGCACCUUGGCGUCGACGCGAGAGGGCGCGGCUUUGCACUCGAGCGCACCGGCGUCAACACAACGCAUUUCGUGUACCUGUACCUGUGCAACUACACGCUGUACGAGUCGCUGCGGCUCUCGCACGCGCACAACAACAGCUCGGGCGCGCAGAGCACGCAGAGUCGGCACACCACCCUGUUUGUCCACGUGCCUCCCUUCGAGGCGGUGCCGCGCCGCCGCCAGCUGGCGCUGCUGCAGCACCUGCUCGCCGAGCUGGCGGACGAGGCGCACCGCGGCGGCGGCGCGGCGAUGCUGCCCGCGUGCGGCGGGGCGGUGGAAGAGCUGAGCGAGGGCGAGAUGCUUCGCGCCGCGGCGGCGGCGGCUGCGCGCGGCGGCGGCGUGGCGGGGACGGCGGGCUCGCUGGGCGAAGACGACGAGGCGCGUUUGGACCAGGGCAGAGGCGAGGGCGGCGAGGGCGGCGCGGCUGCGGUGGGCGGUGCGGCGGUGCGGCGGUGCGGCGGCGUGGUCCCGAUCGGGGAGGCGGAGGAGGGCACCGUGGCGGUGGGCGAGGUGGAGGGAGUCGAAGUCCGGCUGUGGUACCGCACGUGGGACAGCCGCGCCGCUGGCACCCCCGUGCUGUUUGUGCACGGAGGGCCCGGCAACUGCGUCGCCGACUAUGCAGACAUCAACGGCGAGUUUUUCGACGCGGCGCGUUUCUUUGUGGUGGAGGUGGACCAGCGAGGCACGGGCAGGUCGACGCCGUCGGUGCGCGAGUCGGCGGCGCACAUGCGCAUCUACGGCGAGAUCGACAUCUCGCUGAUGAGCGCCGACUUCGAGGCGGUGAGGGAGGCGCGGGUCUGGAGCCUGCCGGCCGAGAUCGACGCCGUCUACUCGCGGGCGCCGUAUGCAGCCGCCGCCGAGGCCAAGGAGGCGGGCGCGCGCCGCCGGCUUCGAGAAUUUGACGCCUUUGCCGCGGCGGUGGGCGAGAGCGGCCACGACGCUCGCUCGCUGCUGGGCGAGUACGAUCGGCGCAUCCGCGCGGGCGACGCGGCGGCCACCUGGCACUGGCACGCUCGCGUGCAGGUGGGCUGGCGCAGCGCGGUGCACGCGUUCGAGUGCAACCUGAUGGCGGAGUGCGAGUCGGAGCGGCGCGACGUGGACACCGCCGUGGCCGGCUCCAGCCGAUGGGGCGACUGAGCUCGGUCUCGCGCGAAUUUUUUUCGAAACGUACGAUGACCAGACACGAGCUCAAAGACCUCGUAAAAAUUAUGAUAAGGGGAUGAAA